ACUUAUAUGAGAGAUUAUAACGGCGCUAUUUUGAUUGUUGAUUGAGCAUGCGCACAAUCGACCUGACCCCCAAUGAAGUAGACAUUUUUCUGACGUCAUAUGUGUUUAAAAUAUCUUGAGAAGGAGACUUGUGAUGACAAAUUUUUUUUAUAUGAUUGCAUGACGUCAAGGGAAUUUCCUCAUUGUUCUUACCUGUUGUGAUUAAAACACAGAGGGAAAACCCCGAAUUAACCCCCCUUCCAUACAUCAAAUAAAAUUUUUAAAUUGUGGUGAAAUAAUAAAGCUUGAAUAACAAUGUUACUUAUCAUGGUUUAAUAGAUAAAUCUUCAUUUUUACGUUUUUUAAACUUUAGUAAAAUCAAUUUGAUUUUUAACUUUUUAAAAACGAAUUGAUAUUUAUAUCGCUGUUUUUCUCUGUGUAACUCGACCCUAACACACUAAUUAGAUUUUUGUGAUAAUACUACGAACUUUCAGUUUGGUGAAUACUACGUGAAACAUACAAGCAAACAAAGUAAUGGGAAGAUUUAUUCCAUCCUAAUGGCUGCUGCUUUCUCCCCUCCGACUGUAACUAUGUUACAUUACUCGCUGGAGAUACGUACAGUAUUGCUCUAACUUGCUUGCCUCAACCUCGUUCCCAAGCCAUUUUGCCUUGUUGAUGAAGAUGUUGGCCACUCCGCAAUAACGGCUCAGGGGCCACAAGACCGUGGGGACGAAGAUGUUGCUUGCCUGCCACAAGUUGCUAAAUGGUUGUCAAAAUCAACUUUUUUAAUACUGUCUUGUGGGUGUUACAUCAUACGUUUUUCCAAUAGUACGAUAGCUGUGUUUAUCAUUUACUCCUGCUUGCCGAUUAUGAACUCGACAACGACAUCACCAUCGAGCACAUCUACCUCCUUUACGUCGUUUGCCACGGGCGCAUCUACCACAGCCUCUUCGACAGGUGUUGCUAUGGCAACAAUUUCAUCAGCAACAGGCGCCACAAUGUCAACGUCGAGAUGUGCUACAGCUAUUGCAUCUUCCGUCGGAGUUGGCGUAGCAACAAAUACUACAGCAUCCGUCGGAGUUGGCAUAGCAACAAAUACUGCAGCAUCCGUCGGAGUUGGCGUAGCGACCAAUUCUGCAGCAGCCACUGCAGCAUCCAUUGCAGCAUCCACAUCAAUGAUACCACAAUGUGAUUUCUGGAUGAGGGUAGGCUUAAUGUUGCAGUUAUGCGUGAAGUCUGCACUUGUUUGGAUACUGCACAACUACCAUAACGAUCCUACCUACACGGGACUACCUGACAAUGAAGUUGCAUUGUUCAACCGGAUGGCAAGUUUUAAGAAUAAUUAUCAAAGUCAACUAAAAUCAAUUGUCAAGCCUGAUCAAUGGCUCGUUCUCUGCCCUCCAACUGGUAAAUCAAACGCAAAGGAUUGGGAUAUAACAUUGAUCAUUAUCGUUAUUUGUUACGAAACAAAACUCUCUCCUCCGCAGGGUGGAUGGAAACAAAAGGUACCACGUCCUGGUGACCAAAGUAAAGCCGCAUUUUGUUUACGUGCGCGAGAGCUGCGCAAUAACUUUAACCAUGGGAGUAUCAAUAACAUUUUAACGCAUGCGCAAUUCAUUUCUUACGUCAAAACAAUUGACUCCAUUUUAAAUGGCUUAUGCUACAACAACAUGUCUCUAUUUCACGACUUGGAAACAGGAACCUUGAAAAUGUACACAGGUCAAAUCGUGAAAACAUUGGAAACGAAACUCUCUUGUUUGGAACAGUUCGUGAGCGAUAUGGAGAUACAAAAAGUUGACGACAACACCAAAAGAAUUGCUGCUGCAGAAACCAAUGUGCUUGAUCAUUCUAAACAGCUUUCUCUACUUCAAAUCGAGGCGAAAUCCGUACGUAUAUCAACAACGGAUUUACACACAGCUAGCGAAGUCAAUAGCAUUGUCAUGGAUAAUUUAUCUGGUGAAGUCAGAGACCUUUUAUCUGACAUUUCACUUACAAAGAGCAAUGUAUCCGUUUUGGAAAAAAAGUUUAAUAUUAGUAGCAUUAGUAUCAACAACCUCCAAUCCGAUUUUCAUGUCAUGAGAAAUUGGAUUUCCAUGUUGGAAAAUGGAAAGAUAGACGGUAACACAUUACGUGUUAAUCAACUUCAACGAAGCGUAACUUACACGCAAUCUGGUGUCGACUUCAUUGUAGCUGAUGUAACGUUGCUGAAACAGAAAUUGACCACCAUUGAAAACGACUUCAAUUGGAAGAUGAAUGCUACUGAUUUUUCACGAUUGCUUUUUGCAUGUAUUGAAGGGUACGAUGAGAAAAAGAUUGAAAGGUUUCGACAAUUAUGUGUGUCGUUUAAGUUGGUCCAAGAGGACGACAAACUCGAAAUUUUUAAGGAUUUUGGUGAGGCUAUUGAAGAAAAUGGAAAAAAUUUAUCCCAAAAUGUGCAAACGUUAAUUCAGAUCUUCGAAACUUUAAACCACCGCGAUGCUGUAGAAAAAUUGAAAACAUUCUAUCAAUGUUACUUCCCUGUGUCCUCCACUUCGAAAAGAAUUGUACAGUACGUGAAGAAAUUCAUCUCUUAUCUACCCAGCUUUAACAUCAAGAUUAUAUUUCUACUUGGCUUAUAUUUUCUUUACGCUGAGCAAAUAUACGAACAUUGGAGAUAUGCCUGGUGCACAUAUGGAACCAUUCGAGAUAGUCAGUUUUCAUUCUCUUUUAAAGGAAUUCGUGAUCCAUAUCAACUUAAUUAUGUUUGGGGCAACGUUGAAUUUGAUUGGAACAGUUAUCAGCAUUACUUUCCAACAAUUAAACCUCACUCAAACAAAAACAUGCACUAUUUCCUUAACACAAACAGAUGCAUUCUGGGUAACGUAAGAGAUGUUGGGAAUUCGUUCACAGGUAAGAAACCGGUCAGAGGAGCGGAAAUAUUUGCAGUUCCAGGUUGUUGCACCGAAGUUUGGUUCCAUGAUGACAACAACGGAUAUUGGAAGAAAUACAUUUCCGCCACGAAUAUUAGCUGUACAAAGUUGGGAAAGAAAAAACAUACUCCGAACGAAUUAUAAGACACGUAUCAUAUCAUUCAGAUAGUGAAACUGGAACAAGUACUGGUUUUAGCAUACCAUACUGGUUUUAUAGAAUUUAUAAAGAUGUAUCAUAUUGAUGCUUAAAAUUAGUAAUUGAAGAAUGUACACUUUCCAGAUAAUGUUUUUUAAACUUUACCUUUAUAUUUUUGUUGUUUUUGUUAUUUUUGUUGUUUUUGUUGUUUUUGUUGUUGUCGUUGUUGCUUUCUUCAUUUUACAUUUUAAUCAUUGAAUACAGGGGAAAUUCUUGUGUAAUUUUUAACGAAAUCUUAACUUUCCAAUUGUCUUUAUUGCGCCAUUUCACGUCCUUAGUUUAAAGAGGUUUAAUUUAAAAAUUUCCAAAGUACGUGAUCAAAGAGUUAACAGUUGAUAAAAGCGGAUCGGAAAUUCCUUGUAAUUAUUUCUUUAAGAAUAAAAAACUGAUUGACUUAGAUAAAAAAUAACAAACAUACAAAAAAUAAUUCAGGACUAAGUGAAAAAAAACAUUUUAGAAGUUAAUUUUACUUGAACUUUUCUUGACGACGGGCAAUACUGCGAAAUAUCGGCCCGUCGUCAAGAGCGCUAAGCCAAUCAGAAUGCUUAAAAACUUGUAUGGCCGGCUUGAAAAAUCCAGACGGUUAACAAACACUUUUACCCAAAAAACAUAAAAAUUUUUCAAUAGCAACGCAAAAGCUUUAAUUUUGAAUGUUGUUGAUCAUUUUGCUAUUUACGCCUUUGCUUGUUAGGCUUUCAAGACAAUCGAAAAGAAAGUUAGUGCCAGCUGGAAGGUGCCAGAUCAGCUGAUACAGGUUUUUUAAAAGUAAUAAUAGGGGAAUUCGUGAAAGAAACAGCUACAGGGUGUAAACCUAUUUCUCUCGGAUCACGGAAUAUUAAAACCUACCGUCUUUAAAUAAACCAUUUUUGUCUUUAAACUGGGCGGUUUAUAUUUUGGAAAAUGAAGUAAAGUAAUUAGAGCUCUGAAUAAUAGCAAUUUAAACUUUUUUUAUUUGAGUAAGAAAAAGAAUAGGCUUGAGAGAACUUACUAAAGUUGUGAAGUUGAGAGUGUCUUUUUUUAAUUUAGAAUUAUUUAAAUUUUUUUUUGUGCGGGGAAAAAAAUCCAUAAUGGGAGGUUUGUUGUGCUUUUAAAGAGCCAAACAUAAAACGUCCAGCUUAUUUUAUGUUAAAACGUUAAUAUAAACAUUUAACUGCAUAAUAGUUUAACACUUGGUAAAGACCUUUCCGAAUAUAUUGGAAGAUUUCAUUACAAACGUUAGCUAGCUACGAACUACAACAAAAAAGGUUAAGUGGUCUUAAUGUUUUUAUAAUUGAAGUGACAUCUCUUUUAAAAUAAGAUUCACUUGGAUCUGCAGCAUUAAGAACAACUUUUCUAUUUUCCUUUCUUGCAUUUGCUGACUUAACUUUUGCAGCCUUAAACAAAACCAUAGGAACCAAUCUUUUUCUAGACCGUCGAUGCCAUUUUUGCAACUAUUGUGUCACAGCCAAAAUUUGAUUGUCAGUGUUGUGGAAAUGUUUCAAAAAUAACAAAACUGCAAGAACGUGGGUAUCCAUUUUCAAAUAAAAACACUUGGCCUUGCUUCAGUACCAUAUGACUUUUUUACCAUUGCUUUUACAUAUGUACACGAAUUAUCAACUAAAGUUUUAACAGUUACUACCGUUCUAAUAGCUUUUACCUUAUGUAUCUUCAUCUUUUUUACACCAAUUAGCUACACAACUGA